AUGCGGGUUAUACUAUUUUCAUUAUUUCUAUAUUUUUUACCAUUUGCCUAUGGAAAAGUUGAAUCAUUCAAAGAAGAUUAUGUUUGGAAAUUUUUAAAAAGUGUACCAAGACAAUUUUUAUCAAAAAAAUGUGGUGAAAGUUUAGAUAGAGUUGAAAGUUACUUGACAGAUUAUAAUACAUUACCAAAUGAAAGAGAAUUUUAUUAUAAUUCAUUUGGAAUUGGUGUAACAAGUCAACAUAAUUCAAGAGAUAUGGAUAGAUGGAUACAUAAAGCAUAUGAAUGUACAAAAGCAGCUGGUGAAACUGCAUACUCUGCAUCACAAUAUCCACUUAAUUUUUGUUAUUCACAAAAUACUAAUAAUCCAACAUCUGAUACAUAUGCAAUUUGUAUUCCAAGUACAUGUAAUAAAGAUACAAAAUAUCUUUUAAAUGAAUUUCAAAAAGUUGCUGGUAAGGUAGAAUAUAAAAAUGAAAGUACUGAUUAUCAUACAUGUAUUCAAUCAAGAUAUGAUAAACAAUGGUAUGAACAAUUUAUUCCUGUUGCUGAUUUUGCACUUGAUCUUAUGUUAAUACUUCUUGUUGGUGUUGCUACUGUUUAUCAUGUUAAAAAAGGUACUAAUGGAAAAAGUAUGACAUCAAAACUUCUUCUUUGUUUUUCUGCUAAAAGAAAUAUACGAAGACUUAUACAAAUGCCAAAAGAUCCACAAUCAACAGUAACAUGUAUGUUUGGAAUAAGAUUUCUUUCAAUGGUAUGGACAGUUAUUGGUCAUAGUUUUAUUUUUGUACAAGUAUAUAUUGAUAAUGUUGAUGAUUUUAAAAAAGAUCUUGUUAAUAAUUUUUGGAAUCAAUGGAUUACAAAUUUUACAUUAUCUGUUGAUGUAUUUUUUACACUUUCAGCAACAUUAACAGCAUAUUCAUGGUUUAAAAAAUGGCAAAAAAAUACAACAAGUGAUGAACCAUCAUGGACAUCAUAUGGUUAUUGGUUACGUUUUUAUCGUCAUCGUGUAGUACGUUUAUGGCCAGCAUAUCUUUAUACAUUAUUUACUGUAACAACAAGAAUUUCUGUAACACAUUAUCAUGGUAUGUGGCCACCAACUGAUCCAGCUGUUCAAUGUCCUAAACAUUGGUGGAAAAAUAUGUUUUUUGUAAAUUCAUUAUUUGAUAAUCGUUGUCUUCCAUGGACAUGGUAUAUUGGAACAGAAUUUAUUUUUUAUUUACUUUGUCCUAUUUUUCUUAUAACAUUACGUCAAAUGCCUAAAAUAGGAAUAUUUAUUUCUGUCGCAACAAUGUUAGCAUCAUGUAUUGGUAAUAUGGUUGGAAUGGUUUAUUACAAUUUUCCUCCAACACAAUUUUUAUGGAAUCAACCAGCUAUGUUUAAUGAUGAUUAUAUAGCUCAUCAUUUAAUUAUAUAUAAUAAACCAUGGUAUAGAAUUUCACCAUAUAUAGCUGGAUUAUUGCUUGGAUAUUAUUUAGCAUUAAUACAACAUAAUAAAAAAGUAAUAAAUAUUAAAUAUCAAAUAAUUGGAUGGUUAAUAGGAUGUGGUCUUGGAUUUUGGUCAUUAUAUGGUCUUUAUCCAAGUCUUCAAGGAUGGGAUUGGCCAAUAUAUCAUGUUUUUUAUGGUGGAUUUCAUAGAAUAGCAUUUUCAUUAUUUAUUUGUUGGCUUAUAUAUGCAUGUCACACAGGUAUAGGUGGUAUCAUUAAUAGAGCUUUAAGUCUUCCAAUAUUGCUUCCAUUAUCAAGUCUUUGUUAUUCAGUAUAUCUAUUUCAUAUGAUACCUGUUGUUUUUACAUAUAUGCUUGUUUCAUUUCCAAUUGUUUUUACAACAAAAUGGUUUGUAUUAAAACAUUGUUUCUAUCAAUUAUGUAUUGCGUAUUUCUUUGGUAUGAUUUGUACAAUGGUAGCAGAAUUACCAGCCUUAAAUAUUGAACGUGUUUUAUUAACAAGAGAAAGAAAAGGAACAUUAAAACCAAUAUCAACAAAUGAUAAAGAUUGUGAAAUGCAGUUAAAACCAAAUUCAAUAACUGUAGAUUCGGUGAAAAAUUAA